AUGACUUCUUUACAAGAUGCAGAUCCAACCUUAAGAGCCUACUUUAUUAAACAUUCACUUCCUCAGAUUUACAAGGCAUUACUUGCUGGUUUAUGUGUUUCAUGCCCUGAAGAUCCUUUGCACUUCAUGGAGGAAAAGAUUUUAGAAAUUCUGGAAAAUCAUGAUCUUGAGAUUUACUGGCAUACAUUUAUUGACAAAGACAAACAAAUAUCAUCAUUGGCAGGAGGCUUUGUAUAUGAUAUUUUUGGAAAUCCAGAAGACAGUCUGUGUAUAUCACAUUUACUGGAGAAAGCUUACUCCUGUUAUCAAAAAAAUCUGACUAAAAUGUGUUUCAUGGGCUGGAAGAGGUAUAUUUUAAAGAGAAAGGCAGAGGCCGCCAGGCUCCUGGAGAGGAUGGAGGAGGCUGAGCGAUAUCACACACAAAGAAAAAUAAGAUUGUCUUUCAUAAAGUGGACGGCAUGGGUUCGGUUUCACAAACAGAAUCAGAGUGAUGCGGUGCAGAAACUACAAAAAGUACAAAAGUCUGUUUACUGCAGAAACACCAUCACAGCUUGGCGUCACACCGUGCAAGAUGCUAAAAGAUUAAAGGAGUAUUUUAAGAAGCUAGAGAGAGAUAUUCAAGAAAGUCAGAGCUCAGAGAUACAGGGUGAUGGACAGGACAGGCUAUCACUGUUGCCUAACAAGCUCGCACUUAAGAUCUUUCAAAGUCUGGGUGUGGGUGACCUCCUGAGAUGUGCUCAGGUGUGUCGUUCCUGGAAAGCGAUCACUCAGGUCAGCUCACUGUGGACUGAGAUGAACUUCUCCUCUGAGAGUUGCUGGAUCACAGAUGAGACUGUGGGGAGAUUACUACGGGCACAUCGUGUCUAUGUGACCUCUGUAAACUUGUGUGGUUGUUGCACUGUGUUCCAGGGGUCAAGUUUAAGAUGCAUCAGUACAUGUCCUUUGAUCAGACUUAAUGUUGUAUAAAUUUGCAGUUUAAUGCUCUGAUUAUUUAAUGCUCAUUUUGAUGUUUUUCUUUUUUCCAAAGGCCAAUGCAAAAAUCUACAGGAGCUCAAUCUCAGUGAAUGUCCGAAUGUUAAUGAUGAAAUUAUAAAGAUGAUUUUGGAGGGAUGUCACUCUCUUCUCCAUAUUAAUUUGGCCUUCACCUAUAUUACCAAUACCACUAUACAAGCCCUUUCAAGGUGCUGUCUGACACUGCGGUCUCUGAAUCUUGCAUACUGCACAAACAUCUCUGAUGAAGGUCUGCAGUAUCUUACCACAGGGAAAGGCUGCCAUAGACUUAUUCAACUAGAUCUGUCUGGCUGUUCUCAGAUAACUGCAGAUGGAUUUUCAUAUGUUGCGGAUGCUUGCGGCUCACUUCAGCAGAUUGUGUUAGAUGACCUGCCCACCCUGACUGAUGCCUGUGUGCAGGCAUUAGUGUCUAAAUGUCGUGCGCUGACUGUGAUUUCCGUAUUAGACUCGCCGUAUCUCUCUGAUGUGGCAUUCAAAGCCAUUGCAGAGGUGAUCAGUCUCACCAAGUUCCAAAUAGAAGGUAAUAACCGAAUAGCAGACAGCAGCUGGAAGGCACUGUGUAGGAGUUCUCCAAAACUCAGCGAGGUUCACGCGUGCGACUGUCCCCGCGUGACUGAUAACAGCCUGAAGUUUUUAGGAAGUCUGACAAAACUACACAACCUAAACAUCUCAGGCUGUAUCAAGGUGACAGAUACAGGAAUCCGAUACAUUACUGAUGGACCAUGUGCGGUUAAACUGCAAGAGCUUGACCUUUCCAACUGCUCAAGAGUUACUGACCUGUCCCUCAAGAAAAUAUCGCAGAGAUGUAGCAGUCUGAUUCACCUAAGUGUGUGUUUUUGCGAUAACUUGUCUGAUAAUGGGUUUGAGUUUUUGGGCAAAUGUGCUUCCCUUAUUGCUCUGGACAUCACAGGCUGUAAAAUCCAUGAUCAGGGACUAGCAGCCCUGGGAUCCAUCCGCAGUCUGAGAAAACUAACAGCAACUGAGUGUGUUUUCGUCACAGAUAAUGGAAUAAAGAUAUUUUGCAGACAGUGUCGUCAUCUGGAGCUGUUGGAUGUGAGCCACUGUGUGUCUCUGUCCGAUCGGGCAAUGAAAGGCCUUUCCUUCUUCUGCAAAACUAUUGCCACAGUCAGAAUAGCUGGAUGCAUUAAAAUGACUGAUACAGCAGUGAAGUAUCUCACAAGAGCGGGUCACUUCCUGAGAGAGCUGGAUGUGAGUGGCUGUUCUCUCCUGACUGACCACACCCCUUCCUUUCUGAUGUGCAGCUGUCCACAUCUCCGCUCAGUCAACAUGCUUUACUGCAGAAACAUCUCAAAGCAGGCCGCUUUGAAGCUGCGGUGUCGUGUCCAACAAUGGAAACACAGUGAUGAUGACGCCCCCUGUUGA